AGAGCACAGAUCCGUAUCCAGGUUGGCAGACGGCUGUCCUCAGAGUGCAGGUAAGUGACCUCAUAUGAACGGAUCUCACCCUCAGAGCACAUUCAGACUCACAGGACAGAAAUGUGAGCUCCAUAAGCAUGGCAUCGCAGAGACUCCUUUCCUGUACCUCUGUGGCAGGAUUGGCACAUGAGGCCUCUGAACAGGGGCCACAGGCAGGUGCGAGAAAAGAGGGCGGGACACCAAGGAUAAAACAGUGACUUGGUGAGGACUCCUGUCUUGGUCUGUUCAGGCUGCUAUCACGGAAUACCAUGGACUGGGUGGCUUAUAAACACCAGAGAUUGAUUUCUCACAGUUUUGGAGUCCGGGAAUUCAAGAUCCAGGCACUGGCAGCCUCAGUGUCUGAUGAGGACCUACUUCUUGGUCAAAGCCCAGGAGGAGAGUCUAGGGGAGAUCUCCCAGGAGGAGAUGGAGUUCUUCACAACCUCUAGUGGGAACACUUACUUUGUUUUCCUACCCCUGAAACAAGAAGAGAACAGCAAGACACCCCAUUCCAACCUUCCUGCCAUUUUCUUCAAGGACAGUUCCAGUGCCAGGGUCUUAGAAGAAGUGAUUAUUCCAUCCAGACUAGUUUUAGAGAUUAAGAAACAGCUUCGAACUGGCUUUUUUGAGCACUUGGAGAAGUGGUUUGACCAAUGUGCCCUCAAUGCUCGGGUCCUCAUGGCCAGCAAGACUGAUGAACUGGAUUCAGAACUGGAGCUGCGUCUGCACCUGCACCAGCCAAGAGCCCAGCGCAUUGAGAAGGACAUCCACAACGUCAGGGCAGCUGAGCUCUUGCUUCAUCAAGAACGGCUGGACAGCCACUGUGCAGGGGUGAUGGAGACACUGAGGAAGGAGAGGAUGAUGUUCUGCCAGUUCCAGGAAGAGCAAAACCUGAAGAGCAAACACUUCCGCCGCAAGAUUUCUGACAUGGAGCACAUCUUCUUGAACGCCACCAAGAGCCAGAAGCUGGUGACCCUCAGCAGCACUUUGCACCGGGAGCUGCUCAGCUAUGUCGACGUCAUCCAGGUGUCCCUGCGCAGCUUCCGCCAGUACCUGGAAGAGAGCCUGGGCAAGCUGCGCUACACCAACAUUGAGUUCAUCAAGCACUGCAGAUUGUUUUCAGAGGGAGGCAACUUUUCUUCUGAAGAAAUUGACUCGCUGUGUCAUCGACUAGAGAAGGAAGCUGCCCGGAUAGAGUUUGUUGAAAAUUUAAUCAUGAUCAACAUGGAAAAGAUGGAGAGCGAUUACCUGGACCAGGCUAAUGAGUUCAUCAGCAAGUUUGAAAGUAAAUUCCAUAACUUGUCCGUGGACCUUAUUUUCAUAGAGAAAAUCCAGCGCUUGCUGACAAAUCUGCAAGUAAACAUCAAGUGCGAGGUAGCAAAAUCCAAUUUGCAGACAGAGGGAUUAAAUUCUUCUCUAGAACAGCUUCAAAGCAAGGUACAAAUGUGCCGAAGCUCAAAAGGGAAUAAACAAAUAGUGAGCACGGAAGACCUCCUUGGCCUUAUUCGAACUUGGAAAGAAAAACUGAGCCAAAGAAUUGAGUAUCUCAACUGCAAGCUGGACAUGAUAUCCAUGACUCACCUGGUCUUUUCCGACAACGUCUUGACUGACCUGGAGGUAGACAGUGACAUCUUGUUAUCUUCAGAAGUCUAUGAAGAAGAGGCUAAGGCAGACAUAGUCACCCCUGAGUCCUUUGCCCAGCCAAGCCGCAUGGGGAAGUCCAUGAUUGAAGACCCAGCCGUGGAGGUGGUCAAGAGGAUCCUGCAGUUUCCCGACUCGAAGUCCUCAACCCAUCAGUGUGACAAAGAACGGUCCCAGACAGGUAGGGGCAGCCAGGCCUGUGAAUUUAGGGCGCUGACAGUGGGGUAGCCGGGGGUGCCACCUCGUCCCUCCUCACCUGGGAUCCUUUGUUGUUCUCCUGGGUGCCCAUCACCCAAAGCCUUGAGGCGAAUCCGGAACCGAGCAGAGCACUCCCUGAAGAAGGCCGUGUCCAUCGCCAGUGCCACCUCGGCAGCAAGCAUCACGCGCUACACCAAGCCCAACCGCCUGGACAGAAAGUACCAGGUGCUCGGCGACAGGCCUCCUCCGGCGGAGGAUUUUAAAGGCAUCAUCCUGAGCCUCCUCUGGGAAAGCAACGAGCUCCUGCUGACGGUCGUGGAGGAGUAUUACCGCAGAGAGAAACGCUCAGUCGCCAGGCCCGACUGCGUGUAUGAAACCUUCGACCAGUGCGCAGAGGACAUCUGCAGGAAGGUCCUGGAGUACCGCAGCCAGGCAGACGACUACCACAACUCCUGCCUCCUAGAAUUACGGGCCCAGAUGAGGAGAUUUGAGGAGCUUCUGCCCCAGGCAUGUUGGCUGGUGAUGGAGAAUUUCAGGGAGCACCACUGGAAAAAAUGCUGCGCCUCCACCAAAGAUAUCAGAAGACAAUUCUUGAAUCACCAGGGACAGCUGGAGAAAAGGAAGGAUGAAAAUGCCCAGAAGCUCCACCCAAAUCUCGGACACCCUGCGCAGCUCCAGGAUAUGGAGUCUCUCUGCCAAGUGGAAGAGAAGAGGCAGGGAGACCUGGACAGCCUGAUUGUGGUCACCAAGGACAAGCUGGAGGAAUGCACACGGAAGUACGCCCGGUUUUUCAUAGCCAGCUUGGCCACCUUCACCGAGAAGUUCCUGCUGCAGUUGGAUGAGGUGGUCACCAUUGACGACAUCCAGGUUGCAAAGGUGGAGCCGCCCAAACAGGAAACCUCAGUCCUAAUACGGAGGAAACUGGCCGGGCUGUCCCUGGAGGGAGAGAGUGAGAAGCUCCUCAUUGAACGGGGGAGCAGAAAGUGGCCAGGAAUCAAACCUACUGAAGUCACCAUCCAAAACAAAAUUCUCCUCCGGAAAACGCCAUGUAUCACAACCACCAAAACGACCCUGGGCCACCUGGCAUCCGUGGAAGCCCGAGAUGCCGUCUACCUGAAAUAUUUAGCGUCAUUUGAAGAGGAGCUGAAGAAGGUCCAGGAGGACACCGCACUGCAGGUGAAAGAGGCUCAGCGCUGGAAGGACAGCUGGAGACACUCCGUGAACAUCAUCCAGGGCCUGUACUUGUGACACUCUCAACCCUCCUUCAAUAAAUGGCUUAUUUUGUGUGGA